UGAACAAGAUGGCUGUGUGUGGGGGAGCGGAGAGCUAAGAGAAGGGGGAGAAACACACAUAUUUGGACAGUUACAUCCCUAAGAAAGACACAGAGGAUUGCUCUGGAAGUGUGAAGACAUCUUUCCUCUUUGUAUCAAACUCUGCCUGGCCCAGUCUCUGCUAGCGGUGAGAGGCAUCUCCAUCUUCAGCGAUUAUUCCCAAGCUUGUAUCCUGCACAGAUUAGCUCAAUUAACGAAGCCGGUGAAGACCCUGGACCCUGUAAGAAAGGCACAUAUAAGAAAUGUCAUUGCUGUGUGUUGGAGUGAAGAAAGGCAAGCUUGAUGGACCCCAAGAGAAAUUUAACACGUACGUGACCCUGAAGGUGCAGAAUGUUAAGAGCACAACCAUCGCUGUGCGUGGCAGUCAGCCAUGCUGGGAGCAGGACUUCAUGUUUGAAAUAAACCGCCUGGAUCUGGGCCUGACAGUGGAGGUGUGGAAUAAAGGGCUGAUCUGGGAUACCAUGGUGGGCACCUUAUGGAUCCCUCUGCGCAACAUACGGCAGUCCAAUGAGGAGGGUCCAGGUCAGUGGCUGACUCUGGACUCCAAUGUGAUCAUGGCUGAGAAUGAGAUCUGUGGAACCAAAGACCCGACCUUUCACAGGCUGCUGCUUGACACACGCUUUGAACUGCCACUAGAUAUUCCAGAGGAAGAGGCCAGGUACUGGGCCAAGAAGCUUGAACAACUGAAUGCCAUGAGAGAUCAAGAUUAUGCCUAUCAAGAAGAACAGGAGCAACAACUACAUGCACCAUCCACCCAGUGCUGUAAUUGGAGUCUUUGGGGAGAUCAGCAAAACGAGGACCCAGACAGUGCUGUGGAUGACAGGGACAGCGACUACCGCAGCGAGACCAGUAACAGCAUCCCACCACCCUUCUACACCACCUCCCAGCCCAACGCUUCCAUGCACCAGUAUCCCAUGAGGCACCAGCACUACAGACACUCCUACAACAGUGAUAUCCAUGAGCUGGACUAUGACCACAGAGCCAUGAGACGCUAUGAUAGUUUAGACUCGGCCACCAACGGGCGCAGUGAUAUCGACUCAGGCUCAGGGUCGAGCCGGCACACCAGUCGUCAGUAUUCUCUAGACAGUAGGCAUUCACUGUCCGAUAGUCCCACAGACAGUCGUUACGCCUCAUCAGGCGAGUUGAGCCGAGGCAGCUCGCAGCUUAGUGAAGAGUUUGUUCCUGAUGACGGUGAGAGCUUGCGAGGUUCAGAGUUCUACGAUGAAAACGACUCCUACCACUCCUGCCACUCCUCCGUCAGCUAUGGCAAAGAGGACUCCCCAGGCUGGGAUGGUGAAGACCACCAGGGCAUCUAUAGCGACGAGGGAGGUUACCUCAAAGAUGGAGGGGAGGAGGGGGCAUUGUAUGGCGAAGAGGAGGGAGACAUGUAUGGUGAGGAAGAAGAGUACAACUACGAAGAUGAGGAGGAGAUGCCAUAUGAGGAAGAUGAAGAUAUGUAUCCACUUGACAGGACACUCAGUGAAGACCAGGAACCACCCUACACUCCCAUGCCCACAAGCACUGCGCAAACCUUGAUGCCCCCCUCUGAUGGUUUGUCCUCUGGCCGACCACCACUGGAAAAGCAGGCUUCACUACAUCCUCUCCCGCCUCCUGGCACGACUCCUGGUCAGCCUCCAGUCUCAAAGGCUGACACGUUGCCUCCUUUCAGCUCAGACUCCAUUAAACCCCACUUUGCACCCACGCAGCCAGAUCUGUCUACCACCCCUACAACUGCCUCUACAACAACAUCACAGGUUUCAGCUCUGGACUCCAAGCCCUUAGGGCCUGAAUCCAAAUCUGAGGUGCCGCGGGAGGAACCUCGACCUUCAGAGCAGCCUCCGGCAGCAGAGAGCACCACUCCGGCUCCUGAGGGUAAAACAGAGGAGCAUCAUGUUCCAAGCUUCCUAAAGAGGGAGCCCAUGGAACCUGGUCACGCCAGAGCCAAGGCGAACUGGUUUCGACUUUUCAGCAGAGUACGACUACAACUGCAAGAGGCCCGAGGAGAAAGUGUUGGCAUUGCCUCUCUGCUUUUAUCAGCAGGCAUGGGUGGUGCUCUGUAUAGCAUUGACAGCAUGCCAGACCUCAGGAAGAGGAAAGCUAUGCCUCUGGUCAGAGAUCUGGCUAUGUCUUUGGUCCAGAACUCCAGGAAGGCCGGCAUCACCUCAGCCCUGACAUCCAGCACCCUGCACAAUGAAGAACUGAAGAGUCACGUCUAUAAGAAGACCCUCCAGGCCCUCAUAUAUCCCAUCUCCUGCACCACCCCGCACAAUUUUGAGGUGUGGACAGCUACAACCCCCACUUACUGCUAUGAGUGUGAGGGGCUGUUGUGGGGUAUUGCUCGCCAGGGUAUGCGCUGUACCGAGUGUGGAGUCAAAUGCCAUGAGAAGUGUCAAGAUCUACUCAAUGCUGACUGUCUGCAAAGAGCAGCAGAGAAGAGCUCCAAACAUGGUGCAGAGGACCGAACUCAAAACAUCAUCAUGGUUCUUAAGGACCGCAUGAAGAUCCGCGAGAGGAACAAACCUGAGAUCUUUGAACUCAUUCAAGAAGUGUUCAGCGUCCCCAAGUCUACUCAUGUCACCCAAAUGAAGCAGAUCAAACAGAGCGUGCUUGAUGGAACCUCUAAAUGGUCAGCCAAGAUCAGCAUCACAGUGUUGUGUGCCCAGGGUCUACAAGCCAAGGAUAAAACUGGUUCCAGUGAUCCAUAUGUCACCGUCCAGGUGGGAAAGACCAAAAAAAGGACCAAGACCAUCUACGGCAACCUCAACCCUGUCUGGGAGGAGACAUUUAAUUUUGAGUGUCACAACUCCUCAGACCGCAUCAAGGUGCGAGUGUGGGAUGAAGAUGAUGACAUUAAGUCUCGUGUCAAGCAAAAGUUCAAGCGGGAGUCAGAUGACUUCCUUGGUCAGACUAUUAUUGAAGUCCGAACUCUGAGCGGCGAGAUGGACGUCUGGUAUAAUCUUGACAAGCGUACAGACAAGUCAGCUGUAUCCGGAGCAAUCCGCAUGCAUAUUAACGUAGAGAUCAAAGGAGAGGAGACGGUCGCCCCAUAUCACGUUCAGUACACCUGUUUGCAUGAAAACCUCUUCCACUAUGUGACAGAUAUCCAGAAUAAUGGUGUGGUGAAGAUCCCUGAUGCUAAAGGGGAUGAUGCUUGGAAGGUUUACUUUGAGGAGACUCCCCAGGAGAUUGUAGAUGAGUUUGCCAUGCGUUAUGGAGUGGAGUCCAUCUACCAGGCCAUGACCCACUUUGCCUGCCUGUCAUCUAAGUACAUGUGCCCAGGUGUGCCUGCAGUGAUGAGUACCCUGCUGGCCAACAUUAAUGCCUACUACGCCCACACCACCCAGGCAACCAAUAACGUUUCUGCCUCUGACCGCUUUGCUGCUUCGAACUUUGGGAAAGAACGAUUUGUCAAGCUUCUAGAUCAGCUGCACAACUCUUUGAGGAUUGACCUUUCCAUGUACCGAAACAACUUCCCAGCCAGCAGUCCUGAGAGGCUGCAGGACCUUAAGUCCACAGUGGAUCUCCUCACUAGUAUCACCUUCUUCAGAAUGAAGGUCCAAGAGCUUCAGUCUCCACCCAGAGCCAGCCAGGUAGUGAAGGAUUGUGUCAAAGCCUGUCUCAACUCCACCUAUGAGUACAUCUUUAAUAACUGUCAUGAGCUGUACAGCCGCGAGUAUCAGACAGACCCGGCCAAACAGGGUGCUGUGCCUCUUGAGGAGCAGGGACCUAGCAUCAAGAAUCUGGACUUCUGGUCUAAACUCAUCACACUUAUUGUCUCCAUUAUUGAGGAGGACAAGAACUCCUACACUCCCUGCCUAAACCAAUUUCCCCAGGAGCUCAAUGUGGGUAAAAUCAGUGCAGAAGUCAUGUGGAACCUGUUUGCCCAGGAUAUGAAGUAUGCAAUGGAGGAACAUGAAAAAAAUCGCUUGUGUAAGAGUGCAGAUUACAUGAACUUGCACUUCAAGGUCAAGUGGUUGUACAAUGAGUACUGCAAAGACCUGCCCUUCUUCAAGAGCAGGGUGCCUGAAUAUCCUGCCUGGUUUGAGCCAUUUGUCAUCCAGUGGCUGGACGAAAACGAGGAAGUAUCUCGGGACUUUCUGCACGGUGCUUUGGAAAGAGACAAAAAAGAUGGGUUUCAGGUCACAUCAGAGCACGCGCUGUUCUCCUGUUCUGUCGUGGAUGUUUUUUCCCAGCUUAACCAGAGCUUUGAGAUCAUCAGGAAACUAGAGUGUCCGGAUCCACAGAUCGUUGGACACUAUAUGAAGCGUUUUGCCAAGACCAUCAGCAAUGUACUCCUCUCAUAUGCUGAUAUAAUCUCCAAGCUGUUUGCCAACUAUGUCACUAUGGAGAAAGUGCCCUGUAUUCUGAUCAACAAUAUCCAACAGCUGAGAGUUCAGCUGGAGAAGAUGUUUGAAGCCAUGGGUGGAAAAGAUCUGUGUGUGGAGGCCAGUGACAUCCUGAAGGACUUGCAGAUUAAGCUCAACAAUGUCAUGGAUGACCUCAGCAGGGUCUUUGCUGUCAGUUUCCAGCCUCAUAUUGAGGAGAAUGUGAAACAGAUGGGAGACAUCUUGGCUCAGGUGAAGGGAACUUCAAAUGUGGGUAAUGCCAGCAGUGUGGCCCAGGAUGCCGACAACGUCCUACAGCCCAUCAUGGAGUUCCUGGACAGCAACCUGAGUUUGUUUGCUAAGAUCUGUGAGAAGACUGUGUUGAAACGUGUGCUGAAGGAGUUGUGGAAGCUGGUGAUGAACACCAUGGAAAAGACCAUCGUUCUUCCACCGCUCACAGACCAAACGAUGAUUGGGAGGCUGAAGAGUGCUUCUCACAGUGAUGGCACUCAGCUCAUCUUUAACGCAGCCAAGGAGCUGGGACAGUUGUCCAAGCUCAAGGAGCACAUGGUUCGUGAGGAGGCCAAAGCACUCACACCUAAGCAGUGUGCUGUGAUAGAGCUGGCCCUGGACACAAUCAAGCAAUACUUCCAUGCUGGUGGUGUUGGUCUGAAGAAGACAUUCCUGGAGAAGAGUCCUGAUCUCCAGUCUCUUCACUACGCCCUGUCCCUCUACACACAGGCCACAGACAAACUUAUUAAGACCUUUGUUCAGUCGCAGAACGCACAAGUGUUCAGCGGGAAGGGGGUGAGGUUCACCACUAGUGAGGAUGUUUACCCAGACAAGGGCUCUGGAGUGGACGACGCCGUCGGAGAAGUGUCCAUCCAUGUGGAGAUUUUCACUCACCCUAACACUGGAGAGCACAAGGUCACAGUGAAAGUGGUGGCUGCCAAUGAUCUGAGGUGGCAGACGCAGGGAAUAUUUCGGCCAUUUGUGGAGGUCUACAUCAUCGGCCCUCACCUCAGUGACAAGAAGAGGAAAUAUGCCACAAAGUCCAAGAACAACAGCUGGGCUCCUAAAUACAACGAAACCUUCACUUUCACCCUGAGUAACGAGGUGGGUCCUGAGUGCUAUGAGCUGCAGGUGUGUGUGAAAGACUACUGCUUUGCCCGAGAGGACCGCACAGUGGGCAUGGCCGUCCUGCAGCUGAAGGACAUGGCCUCCAAAGGCAGCGUCGCCUGCUGGUUGCCACUGGGCAAACGCAUCCACAUGGAUGAGACAGGUCUCACUGUCCUGCGCAUCCUCUCCCAGCGCAACAAUGAUGAUGUGGCCAAGGAAUUCGUGAAGCUCAAGUCUGACCAGCGCUCUGCAGAAGAGGGACGCAGCUAAAAGGCCAAAACUAAAUUCAAAACGACUGGUGUGAAGCCCAAUCAAACAUCAUCACCUACUGCCCUGGGGUUCUGUGGAGCUGCUGCUAGCCACUGCCAUGAUGAUCUAGUACUGUAAAUACAUUCAGUGGAAGACACAAUGAAGUAAAUUAAAAUUAAAUAAGUAAAUUUCUUCCCAAAAAAAAAGCACCAGUGGCUUUAUUGUUGCAGAUAAUAUCAACCAACCAUCCUUUUGAUGAACAAUACAUUGAGUUUAAUCAUCAAGUGUAGAUCUGCUUUCAUCUGUUUAUAGAGGUUAGUCAUUCCAUUGCAUAACACACAUACACACUGGGCAGGGUGAGAAAUAUUGUAUCUUGUAGCCUUUAAUAUUUCAGCUUUUUCUCUUCCUUUUUUCCAUUACACUCCCCCACCCCACCACUUUCCAAUUCCUCUCAUCCUUUUCCUGGCCUGCACCCACGCAGAGAAGUGCCAACAGAUAAUCCCUGCCCUAAGCAUAACAGGACCCACUAUACCACUGGCCCAUUAUAACAACAACAGGUGCAUGGCCUCAGACGUUCCAGACACAUCGUGGGGGAGCACAUUUAGAAUCAAAGCACUAUUUAGUUAUGACCACUUUAAUAUUUAUUUACUGCUUUCUUCCAAAUUACAGUGGGUACGGAAAGUAUUCAGACCCCCUUAA